AUGUCCCCGACCGAACCUUGGUCGCCAUCCUCAUGGAAAUCGAAACCAAUCGCCCAGGAUGUGGAGUACGAGGACACCGCGCAUCUGACCAAGGUUCUCUCCAAGAUCGAGCGGUUGCCGCCAUUGGUAACGCCGUCUGAAAUCGAGCGUUUGAGGCACCAGUUAGCUAUGGUGCAGCGUAACGAGGCAUUCCUGCUGCAUGCAGGGGACUGUGCAGAAAGCUUUGAUGCUUGCACACACGAAAAUAUAUCGGCUAAGAUUGGCCUUAUACUCUCAUUCUCUUUGAUCCUCAUAUGGGGCGCACGGCGGCCUGUUGUGCGAAUCGGUCGAAUCGCAGGUCAAUAUGCAAAGCCGCGUAGUAGUCCAAAGGAGACUAUUGACGGAAAGGUUGUCCUUAGCUUUCGAGGAGACAACGUCAACGGGCAAGGUGCCUUCCUUUGUCUCGAUCCUAAUGACCGCAACCCCAAUCCAGAGCGGCUUUUGAGUGCAUAUUUCCAUUCGACCACGACGCUCAAUUAUGUUCGCGGACUGCUUACUUCUGGAUUUGCGUCACUUCACCACCCACGCGAUUGGUCUUUGAGCCAUGUUCGCUCACCAUCUCUGCGCAAGGAAUUCGAGCAAAUUGUAGAUAGCUUGUCGGACGCAUUAGACUUCAGUCGCACCAUUGGAGUCGAGAAUGGCCCUGUUUUCGAGCAGGGCGGAGCGAGGGGCACGGUGGGGGAAGUUGACUUCUACACAAGGCAAGCUCUUUCAGCCUUCGUUCACGAGGGCUUAAUGCUCGAAUACGAGCAGGCUCUUACUCGUCUUCUGCCGGUCCCAGCCGGCGUGACGAUGGCCCAUAGUUCGCCAACAGCGCAUUACAAUACCUCUGCGCAUUUCCUGUGGAUAGGUGAUCGUACUCGACAACUUACUGGAGCGCAUGUCGAGUACUUCCGGGGCAUUAGGAAUCCGAUAGGAAUCAAAGUGGGUCCGAGUAUGCAGGGCGACGAGUUAGUCAGGCUAUUGGAUGUGGUAAACCCCGACAAAGAAGCGGGGAGAGUUACUCUCAUUACGCGUUAUGGCGCGGGGAAGGUCCAAGAUCACCUUGCCGGCCACAUCCAAGCCGUUCAAAAAACGAACCAUCCUGUUGUUUGGAUUUGCGAUCCAAUGCACGGAAACACUCUGACUUCCUCCACGGGGUUGAAGACCCGUAACUUUGGCACUAUCAUCGCGGAGCUGACGGCCUCCUUGCGGAUCCACGCCGAGUGCAACUCUAGACUCGGCGGCGUCUCGCUCGAGUUCACAGGCGAGCUUGCCGAGGAUGGCUUCAGCGUGACCGAGUGUCUUGGCGGGAGCAUGGAACUGAGCGAAGACGAGCUCGGCCUGCGAUACCAGAGUUUCUGCGACCCACGGCUGAAUUUUGAGCAAAGUCUCGAUGUCGCCUUUCUAAUAUCCAACCACUUCCAAAAAGAACGUCGGGGACAGGGACACGUUGACGGUGCUGCGGACGUCUUGUAUAAGGAGUUGAGUCGCCAGGCAUCGCGUUCUGGAUGA